GGGAACGUGAAACGUGCUAAGUAGUCAUGGCGAUAGUAUUAUACAGUCGGUAACAUACGGUUCCACCUUCUCCGUCGAUACCUACGUCCUGGCAUCGUAGUAUUCGCCAAUUUUUUUUGAUCACGUCAUAUUAUAACUUGUAUUAUUCAGCACCUUCGUGAUGGAGUCUGCCAAAAAGAAAUGCAAGAUCACCGCGAGUGCCCGACAACUUUGGGAAUUGAACAUAUGUGUCACUUGCUCAAAGCCUUUGGACUCUACUUCAAAAUUAUUGAGUUGCCUUCAUGGCGUAUGCAACCAAUGUAUUGAAAUGAGUUUUAACAAAUCUGGUAAUUUCUUAUGCGAAUGUGGAGUACAAACUGACAUUUCAAAAAGACUCAUAAAUUGUACAUUAUUUUGUGAACAGUUUGAUGAAUUUAUUUUAAGAAACAAUUUUAUGGAUGAGGAAUACCAAAAGAAAGAUUAUGGUCAAUACAUAACGAAAGUCCCAUGUCCAAAUUGCGAUGAUAAAUACAUUGAAGCAUAUUGUACUACAUGCAAUAAAUUGCACUGUGCACUGUGCCAAUUAGUGAAUCAUAAAAGUCACCGUUUUAAAACUAUAAGCAAAGCUAUGGAGGAGAUCCGUUCAAAUUUAAUGAAAAAUAAAGUUAACUUAUGUGAAAAAUCAAAUUUUGCAAAUGAAGUGAAAUCAUGCUUAGCGUCAAAUAUUACUACGCUAAGAACGCAAAAGCGUGAAAUGAAAAUAGAAAUACAGAAAAAAUUUGAUGAGUUUCGAGACGAACUGAUAGUAAGCGAAGAUAGAAUGAUGGAUUAUGUGGAAUCGUAUUAUAAAGUGAAAUUGGAGCAUUUGACUAAAAAUAAAUUGUUAAUGGAGGAAUUAAAAAAAAAAUACGAUUUCUAUUUGAAUUUUUCUCAGUCUGCUUUGAAAAGGGAAAACCGGGCAGAUCUAGACAUAACAAAUUUAGUCAACAAUCAAGUGUCGAGUGUCAGAAAAGGUUUCAUAACGGACAUUAGUGGAUUAGAUUCAACUGAUACAAAAUGUAUUGAAUUAACAGUUGUGUUGGACGAUACACUGCGUAAAUUAAUUGAAUCCGUUAAAAACAUUGCAAUUUCCAAGCCACAGACAUAUGUAAAAGCAAUUGAUGCGAUUAGUAAGACCGUGAAUAUUACAUCUUUUCCGGGAUACCUCAGUGCCACUAAGGUAAGAUUUAAAACUGUAUAAAUAAUCGUUUAGAACUUGACAUAUAAUUUGUUG